AUGUACACGUUGAGAUACAAACAAUCCUCAGACUGGUUCUUCAAGCCAGGAGCAAUCCGUCUCAAGGGCAAACUGGCUGAAACUGGUUUACCUAGGGGCAAACUGGUUGAAACUUGUUUACCUGGGGGAAAACUGGUUGAAACUGGUUUACCUGGGGGCAAACUGGUUGAAACUGGUUUACCAGGGGGCAAGCUGGUUGAAACUGGUUUACCUGGGGGCAAACUGGUUGAUACUGGUUUACCUGGGGGAAAACUGAAUGAAACUGGUUUACCUGGGGGAAAACUGGUUGAAACUGGUUAUCCUGGGGGAAAACUGAAUGAAACUGGUUUACCUGGGGGAAAACUGGUUGAAACUGGUUUACCUGGGGGCAAACUGGUUGAAACUGGUUUAUACAAGAUUAGGUUUACAUCCAGCUCCGGGUUCAUGUACUUUCCAAGUUCAAACAAGAUUAGAUUUACAUCCUGCUCCGGGUUCAAGUACUUUCCAGGUUUACAUCCAGCUCCGGGUUCAUGUACUUUCCAGGUUAACACAAGAUUAGGUUUUCCCGGUGUUCCUGUUGUUCCUUGUGCUCUUGUUGUUCCUGGUGUUCCUGUUAAUCCCGGUGUUCCUGUUGUUCCUGGUGUUCCUGGUGUUCCCGGUGUUCCUGGUGUUCCUCUUGUUCCUGGUGUUCCUGGUGUUUCCGGUGUUCCUGAUGUUCCUGGUGUUCCUUGUGUUCCCGUUGAUCCUGGUGUUCCUGUUGUUCUUGGUAAUCUGGUUAUUCCUGGUGUUCCUGUUAUUCCCGGUGUUCCUGUUGUUCCUGGUGUUCCUGGUGUUCCCGGUUUUCCUGUUGUUCCUGGUGUUUCUGGCGUUCCUGGUGUUUCUGGCGUUCCCGGUGUUCCUGGUAGGCCCCCCUGUUAG